CUCUGGCCCGGGUCGACAACGAAACGCUCGCUCCUACGUGCCAUGGCCGCCGCAGGGACGACUGCUCGCCGCCGGGGCCUCCUCUUCUUCCUCCUGCUGCCCGCCAUCGCCGGGACGGCGUCCGCCGGCGCUUUGGUGGGCGACAGGUGCCCCGCGGCGUCGUGCGGAACCGGGAUGCGGUGCGCAACCUGCUCCCCGCUCCCCAACUCCGGGCCCUCCGUCUGCUGCCGGACCACGCCCAUCGACCCCAAAACGCACGGGACGGGCCUGCCCUUCAACAAGUACUCAUGGCUCACCACCCACAACUCCUUCGCCAUCACCGGCACGCCCUCCGGCACCGGCACCCCCAUAAUCUCCCCACCCAACCAAGAAGACUCCGUCACCUCCCAGCUCAAGAACGGCGUCAGGGGCCUCAUGCUCGACACCUACGACUUCAAGAACGACCUCUGGCUCUGCCACUCCUUCAGCGGCAAGUGCUUCGACUUCACCGCCUACGUGCCGGCCUCCAAGGUGCUGGGCGAGAUCAAGGCGUUCCUCGACGGGAACACCGGCGAGGUCAUCACCGUCUUCGUCGAGGACUACGCCGCGCCCGGCUCGCUCGGCAAGGCGCUGGCCGCGGCCGGGCUUACCAAGUACGUGUUCCCGGUGUCGGCCAUGCCCAAGAAUGGCGGAGAUUGGCCGCUGCUCAAGGACAUGGUGGCACAGAACCACCGCUUGCUCGUGUUCACUUCCAAGCAGGGGAAAGAAGGGUCAGAUGGCGUCGCCCACGAGUGGUCCUACGUCGUCGAGACCCAAUAUGGGAGCGAAGGGCUUGUGGUUGGGGCGUGCCCGAAGAGGGGGGAAUCCAAGGCCUUGGACUCCAAGGGGCAAUCUCUGGUGCUCAUGAACUUCUUCACCACCAACCCCAGCCAGAUCUGGGCCUGCGCCAACAACUCCGCGCCGCUCAUUGCCAAGCUCAGGGCCUGCUACGACGCCUCCGCUGCCCGAUGGCCCAACUUCAUCGCCGUCGAUUUCUACAUGAGGAGCAGCGGCGGUGGCGCCCCCCUGGCGACCGACGUGGCCAACGGCCGCCUCCAGUGCGGCUGCGACACCAUUGCCUACUGCAAGCCAAACGCGCCGUUUGGAACAUGCACAAUGCCGUCGCCAUCACCAUCUCCACCGGGUUCGCCUUCCCCGCCACGUACUCCAUCGUCAUCGCCAUCUCAGGCUCCCUCGUCAUUGUCGUCACCGUCUUUGGCUCCCUCGUCGUCUUUGACUCCGGCGGAGGCUCCGACUGUAGCACCAUCUUCACCGGUACCUCGAAUAUUGUUGUCACCAUUAUCGCCGACUCCGGCUCCGCAUUCAUCUCCGUCCCCAACUCCCACUAUGGCUCCGCAUUCAUCGUCGUCCCCGACUCCAACUCUGGCUCCACAUUCAUGGUCAUCUUCACUGUCGCCUCUGUCAUCAUCACCGUCUUCAACACCAGCUCGGAGUCCGUCUCCAUCUUCGUCUCUGUGGUCAUCAUUGUUUUAUUCAACGGCAUCCCCUACUCCGGAUAUGGCUCCAUCCAUGUCACCGUCUUCAUGGCCCUACGGGACUUCUUUGUUCCUGUCUCCAUCAUCAUCACCGACGUCAUCCCCAUCCUUCGACAUAGUGGCAGUGCACGAACCGCCUCCGAAGAGUAGCUCCGACGAACUAGAAGGAACAAUACAAGAGAUGACGACCCCGGAGAGCACGAGGGACGCAGGAGUGCCACAGAGGACAUCUCCAAAGAGCAUAGCGGAGGCGCCGGCGCCGGAAGCAGCCGCGCCGGAUUCGGUGGCUGAUGAUAGCUCCGGUGCGUCGGUUCGGCCGAAAACCCCUAGCCGGAGUUCCCUCUUUGGACUCACGGCCCUCGUUCUCAUCUCACUCUGCUAAAAAACAGAGCUUGCAUGAUCGGAGCCAGCUGUUACGGUGGAGAUAUGAAGUAGUCAGCUUCCUUCCAUAUGUCCAUAUAUGCACUUAUAUACUACCUGUAUAGUAGUGUUGAGCCAAAAGGUUUUCACUCUUGUGCUUUUGUUUCUCAGUACCGGAUGGAUGCCAUGCAUGGUUUUGUUGCUGCAUCGGUCAGUCGGUCAUGUCAGUAGCAUGUCUACGGAGGUUAGAAUAUCAGAUGCAUACAUGUAAACAUACCUUUAAUUUCCCAUAAUUUUGUACAACACUGAA